AUGGGGCUCGUCGCCAUCUUGCAGAGCAUAUGGGCUUUCCUGACCUCCCUGUUCUUCUUCCGUGCACAGCAGUCAAGCCAGCUUCCAACCGCCAUACCCCUCAAGCCGCGGAAUAAUGGUCCACCACAGACCCCUCGACGACAGCCUCCGCACGAGUAUUGUUCCCUUGGCCCUAAUCAACUCGGCUCAUGGCGCGCACAAAAAGAACAAUUCAUGCGCAACCCAAGUCUAAUCGCCAGCCCAAAACAACGGCGUAACGCCAGUACCACGCGACAACGACCUCAAGAUCUCAUAGUCCUACCCCCAGUCUUCCGUCUCCCAUCCCUUACAGCCGUAGACGACUGGAACGCCCGCGUCGACGGGGGUACGACGUACCAGAUUUCAAGCUUACAUCCGCGUCAACCGCUUCCAGCGGUGAUCAUCACACCUUGUACGCCUGAAAAGAAGCCCUCACCACCUCUGUCAUCGUCAGCUGCGUCAGCUAGCGUCCCAAGCACACCACCCACACCCAAACUCACUCAACCCAUCUUCGUAAACCCAGCCCCAGGCCCAGAAGACGACGACGAAGACAUCGCUUUGAAACGCGUCAUGGAAGAUUUGGAAUACGCGCUCAAUAAAGAAGAAGACAUCAACCCAUUCGACGUCUCCCCAUCCCCCACCAAUUCCAAUCCGGACCCACCGUCUUUCAAUAUCUCCCAGAGUCUUCAGAUCAGUUUAUCUAAACAAAGUCCCUGCCCUGACGACGCAUCUUGGGACAUCCCUUGGGAAAGCUUGAGUAGUUCGGGCAAGUACAUGACCACCAGUACACCUCUUUUGGGUUGGAGCGCUGCCCUACAAGAACAAGGACAAGAGCACGAAAAGGAUCCGUUCACGAACCCCCAGAACGUCGUCGAGUCUCCCCGUGCUCCCCCUCCACAUUACACGGACCUAUUCGAUCUAGACAUGUACCUCGAAGCGUCUUUAGCGAUUGCGGGUUCCUUGAAUUUGGAAGAGGGGGAGAGUGAGAACCCGUUCGAGGAUACCUUCGCCGUCGAACCCAUCACCGUCGUCACCGUCUCUCUUUCCGAAAAAGCUGUACCGAUGAACCGCCUGGUCAAGGAAAGAGACGUAUACAGGCCGAGUGGGUACACACGUUCUCCGAGGUUUCGUUUUAGCGUGGAUGAGAAUGGGUCGCCUGUUCCUGUUUCCUUGCGGUCCCCUCGACGUGCUGGAGUGAGGAUGACGGUGGUUGAUCGAGUUCGUGCGGUUUUGGAUGAAAGUGGUGAGGAGGAAGAGGAGGAAGGAGAGGAGGAGGGGGAUGAUACCUCGGAAAUAUCAAUGCCGGCGCUGAAUGCGCGGUUACGUGAGGCGUGUAGGAGGAGGAAAUCUGGGGCUGAUGCUGGUUUGGGUGGUCAUGGGAGUUCGCAGCGGAAGAGUGGUGUGCCUCCGAAGACUGGGAGUCCGCGUGCUAGUUUGGGAGUUGUGUCGAUUAAGGGCUUGGCUCCGCAUGCCAGCUUACCUGCGCUCCGGCCUUCCAGCCGACUUUUGCGCGAUAUAACCAACACCAUGACCACCUCCACUUCGAGCUCGUCGACUUUGGCUUCGAUUGCGCAUACGGUGCAGAAGAAUCCAUUCUCGCUCUCGCAGAACCCAAUCGACAUGACGAUGCAAGAGAACCCCAUCUCGACGCAGAACGCGAUCAAGUUGAAAACCCAGAUUCCAACCACGUCAAUAACGCGAAACCCAAUCGCGCGGUUUGGGAGGGACAUUGCGAAUAUUGUUGUUGACGAUUCUGCAAACUCUGUCAAUCUGUGUGGGGGUAACGCGGGGACUGCUGGUGGGGAGAACACGACGACGGGUAGCGUGUACACGAUGGCGUCUGUGUACAGUGGGGAGAACACAACGGGAAGUACGUAUAGUGCACAGAACACUAUGGGUAGCGCGUAUAGUGCUCAGAACACUAUGGGCAGCGUGUACGCACCAACAUCUAUGUACACGACGACCUCCGCAUACGCACCUACCUCCGCAUACACCAUGACCUCCACAUACGCACCGACGACAUCCGCAUACGCACCGACGACAUCCGCAUAUGCAGCAGGCCACAACACCACGACUUACACGGACGAAGCCUCCGCUCGGGCACUCAAAGCGCGGUUAAGGCAGGCAUGCGAGAAUUUUUCGAAGUCUGUGUGGGUGGACGAGUGUGAUACGGUGCAGUCUUGGGAGCCUGUGCCAUUUUGA